ACAAAUAAAAUCGAUAAGCAUAAAAGUAUUAAAGCAAAAAAAGAUAUAAAAAGCAAAAACAAAGCAUUUAAAAAAGACGUGCCAGUGUAUAUAUCGUGUGUGACGGCAACAACAAUAAUAACGGCAACAACAUCAACAACAUCAUCUUCAUCAUUAUCAUCAACAACAACAACAACAACGGCGAUUUCGAGUAUAGCAGCCAAAGCAAUAUCAACGUCGAGGACAAAGACGGAAGGAAACUCCAUCGAUUUUGCACCAUCUCUAGACUUUCUCAAGUGGAGUUGUAUCGUUUGUGUAAAAAAAAAAAGAGCGAACAAGUUUAGAGGCAGCGACAACGUUUGCGUUGUCUUGUCACUCGAGUGUUCUACACCCUUCCCAAAACUAUUUAGACAAAAAUCUCAAUUAAUUUAUUUGAUAUAAAUUAGCAGAAUAUAAACAGCCAUUGGCGAUAAAUGGCUUACAGCGUUAAAAUGUUCAAAAAACAUUAGAUAAAAUUUUCUAUUGCUAAGUAACGCGCGAUGGACAACAGCAGCAGCAGCAACAAUCAAGAUAAAAAGCCGCCUGGGUCCAAUCACACACAUCAUACAACAUCAGCCACUUUAACAACGGCUUUACCAGCAAAUCAACAAAUAGCUAAUGCAGCUGGUUCCGUUGGUGCUAGUAGUGGUAACGCAGAACAGCUGCAUCUGCCACCACCUUCGCCGCAAUUAGCCCAACAUACAUCAGGUGCCAAUGGCGGCAUUAGUGGCUCUGGCGGCUUACCUACAAAUACUAGUAAUGCUUCCAUUUUGUCUGUGCAAGGUUCAAUAACUCUACAAUCGUUAGGGGGGAACGUUGGGAACCUUACCAAUAAUAAUACUACUAAUAAUUAUUAUAAUAGUUCUUCUACGCUCCCAACACAUUUACAAGCUCCCGGCCCCAGUGCCAGCGAUUUCGAUUCAGACACAGAGCUCUCCAUAGUAGCAGCUUCUGCGCAAGCAGCAGCUGCGGCUGCGGCUGCUGCUCUUGCCAGCACUAAUGGAUAUUCGUCCAAUAGCAAUAAUAGCAACGGCAAUGGUAAUCAAAGUUUGAAUGCUAAACAGCAACGUCAGCAAAAACGACGUCGUGAAAGGGCACAACGUUUGCAGGCUGAACGUGACAACCGUAGUGCAACGAUUACAAGUGCUAGCGGUAUUGGUGCCAAUUCCCUAACUAAUGCGGGUCAUCUUUAUCAUGCGAGUAGUGCUAAUAGUUUGGGCGAAGACAGCAACAAUUCCAAUGGAAAUUAUACGACAAGCAGUAGUAGCAGUAGCAACAACAACAAUGUUCUUUUACCACCCACAGAUAGCAUUGCGUCGCUUCUACUGAAUCCGCCGCACUCACCGGAAUGUCAUGGAGGUCUUAUGGGCACGCCAAGCGAUAGCGAAGGUGAAUCACUUGACGAAGAUCUCCUGUCAACAUCAUCAUCAUCAACGUUAUUACUGCCUCGUGAUAAAGCACCGCCCAGGCCUCCACCACCUGUGCGGCGUAAGUUACCACGUUCUCCUGUUUUAGAGGAGGAGAUUAUUGAUGGCUUUGCAAUCUUGGAAUUCAAAACCUACGAGGAUUUAGAGUAUGCUAUAAAAAUGGGCCAACAACGCAAAGAGAAACGUUUAUCUGCCUUAGAAGAAUUGACGUGCACCUAUAGCAUUGAAGAAAUUAAAAUGCCAAAGAUCAUCGAUACUGGGCAGCCGCAUCCGAUACGGGGUAUUGGAGCGGGUGGUGGCAUCGGUGGAGGAGGUGGCAUUGGUUUGGGUUCAUUAACGCUCAAUCACAAUAAUAAUCACAAGGAUAAUAACAGUAUUCGUAUGCAAACGAUAAAUUCAACAAUGGUUAGCAAUAAUAGUAGUAAUAAUAAUAACAACAAUAGCAACAGUGGUAAUAAUAAUAAUAACAACAAUCAGAAUUCGAGCAUUAACAUUGGUGGCAGUACAAACCUCCUUAAUAUGACAUCUACCGUUGAUUCCGUAGUAAAUGCGGCUCUAACAUCGCUGACAACGUCAGCAACAACGACUGUGACUAUGACUACUAUGGAUCAUCAUUCCAUCACCAAUAUGACCACAUCACCAUGGAAAGGUUCUAAUAAUAGCAGUACAAUAACCAAUCAUAAUGGUAAUAGUAGCAGUGAUGUUAAAAGUGUCGUUUCAGCAGAUAACUGUAACGAUACCAGUAUGAUGAUGAUUAUGGACGGCUGUGAUGGCAAUAAUAGUACUAGCCUGAGCAGCUUGUCCGUGGCGUCGGCCAUUACGAAUGUAACAAAUAGUUCAAGUAGUGCAAUGCCCUUGGCUGUUGUAACCACAAAUACUGCUUCUUUAACGAGCACGAACAUCUCCAGUAAAACAACGGCAACAAAUCCGAUCAUCAUUACAGCAUCGACGCCCACUGCAGUACACAAGUCAAUGUUAACAGCAACGGCCGCGACUCCGGUAGCAGCAAAUUCGCUAAGUUUAGAAGCAACACAUCUAACAACGACCACAACAACAACAACACCAACAAAUCAUAUCGAUAAACUUGUAAAUAAUUUGGCAACGUCAACAACGCCAACGAUGUCGUUGCAUCAGCAACAUCAACACCAACAUCAACAUCAACAGCAGCAACAACUCGUCACAAAUGAUUCGAAUAAAAUAACGGCGAUCUCAACAACACAUAACGCCGGCAAUAAUCACGGUUUAACUAUGGUAACUGCUCCCCCGACCAAUAUGAAGAAUAUAAAUUCUAUGAUUGGCAUACCUGGAGGGGGUUUUAACAAAUCAAACGCACAUGUAAUGGAUCAAAAAAUGCACAACAGUCAGAAUAGCAAUAAUGAUAUUUUAGCUAAUAUAAUAACAACAACAACAACAACAACAACAACAACAACAAUCCUACCAACAAUUUCAGUACCAACAACAACGGCCACAUUAAUAACACCAUCAUCUUCAUUAUCUUCAACGGCAUCGUCAUCGUCGUUAUCAUCAUCACCCUUAUCGACAUCAUCAUUAUCAGCGGCUGCAUCAUCGUCAUCUUCUACAUCGUUAUCGUCUUUAGUGAGUCAAAAAGAUUUACAUUCAACGGUUUUUCUGAAUAGUGGACCUGUGGCUAAUCAGACAAAAGUGCAUUCCCAACAGCAUCAUCAUCACCACCAUCAACAGCAGCAGCACCAUCAAAUUCAGCAACAGCAGCAUCAUCAUCAACAUCAACACCAUCAUCAUCACCAUAUACCACAUCAUCAGCAUCAGCAUCAGCAUCAUGCCAAAGAUGCCCUUAGUGUUUCCAGUGAGCAACAGAUCAAAGAUCGUUUAAAUGAUGCAAAUACUAGAGUUAAUAAUGUUGGAAAAGGAUUUAAUAUCUGUGAUAGCGGCAAUGAUGAAAAUAAGGGUUCUGAAAAGUUAGGAGCCAUCGUUUUUCCUUCAACGCCCACUCAACAAAUUUCGAAUGCCACACCAAGUCCUACUACUCCCCGGAAGUCGUCAGAUUACCCACAACAAGCAACCAGCACACCAUCCACAACAACGAAUACAUCAUCGAAUUCAGGCUUAGUUGUUGGCUCAGUUUCUAAUUCUCUACAGAAAUCAAAUAAUGAACAAUUACCAACAUUUUCUGCCCCGUCGUCUGUUGGAAGUAAUAGCUUAUCAGGAAACAGUUCUCAAAUUGGGGGGCCUAUUGGAGGACCUUUUCAAGACAGUGUACCGCCUGCAUCCGCGCCGAAUAGCAGUGGAGGUACCAAUAUGGGUAUAGUUACAGUAACACCGCCUUCGCAUCCCGCAUUUGUGUCGUCUUCGGUGUCAACCGUGCCAUCGGUAACUGAAAAAUCACCCCUAGGACCACCGCACAUGGCGCCUACAUUUUCUCCCGCUAAUCAGCUUUCUAAUGAUCCGCGAAAUGCUUUAACGUCACCCUCACCUUCGGGACCCUCAGCCAUCCAGCAUUCACAUGGGGAGGGUCCUUUUGGUACCAAACAUGUAACGAGUUCUCCAUCUCCUGCGGCUGGUAAUCAUAUGUCUCCCGCGUCGAAUGCAUCGCCACUGCCUGGUAUGCAUCCGAAGUCAACUGGUUUGUUACCACCUGCCGGCACAAAUUCACCAGCUACUGGAAUGCAACUGCCACUUGGCACCCAAAUGCCAGUUUCAUCUUCUGCGUCACCACUCCAUGCUCCCGCUGGUGGUUUUGGUUCGACUGGUUCAAUUAGCAGUAGAUUAGGUCCACCACAUCAACAGCACCCAUUCGCGCCUUCACCUCUUCAUUCCAAUGCCUCAUCGCUAAUGUUAAAGCCGAACGAAGUAGAAAGCCGAGAAAAAAAUUCUAUGCACAACGUUCCGCAGCCACCACCAAUAAUGAAUGGCUACUUACCAUCAUUUGUAUCGACAAGCGCACAAAGCACGUCAACUAGCGGUGCAUCUAGGAUCUCGCCACAUCAAAAUGUUGUAAAUAUACCAGCUACAACCCCAGGACCUGGCUUACCACCUCCUCCACCACAUCUGUCUGUGGCUAAUAAUUCAAAGUCCUCAUUAGCCGUGUCGACAUGCGCUUCACUGCAUUCGUUAUCUGUCCCUCCCCCACCCACAUCCACUACUAUGGCAUCAGCUAAAAUAGCUCACAGUAAUUCUGGUAAUAUACCUCUCAUGCAAAACUCUGCGGCGGGGUUUGUUCCAGGAGGCCUUCCACCAGGACUACCGCCUGGUGUUGCUCCGCCUCCAGGUAUGUUAAGUGGAGCUUUGGGACCUAAUGGCAUUUCUCCUAUGUUGUUGCAUACAUCACCAUAUCGCCCGCCAUACUCAAACUAUCCUCUCUAUGCACCAUACAGUAGUCUGCCACACAGUCCUUAUUUGCCCCCCGCAGUUCCAUCACCUAGUGCUUCUCCGCGAACUAGUCGGGAGUCUCCGAUGAUGACACAAAUAGGAAAAACUUCCGGUAUAAGACCUCCUACGCCAGUAAGCCAACCUUCAGUGUCAGUACCUUGUCAACUACCGGCUCCAGCAAAUAAUAAUAAUGGUGGCGUUAGUAUUACAAGCAGUGCUGUUAUAAGUUCUGUAUCCACAGCGGCACCGGCACAUACAUCGCUAACAACAACAGGAUCCUUAAGUAAUCCUUUGCAAACGGGCUUACCGCCCACUAGCGUGGCUCCUCAUUUGUUGCAUCAUCCUCACCUUCCAUACCCCACAUCUCUGCAGCUGACACAGCCGAUACUUAGUGCUCCUCCCAAUUUGCCGCCACCUUCGGUUAGCCAUAGUCAUACUAUAGCCAAUGUGACCACAACGACAUCAGCGGUUACUCCCCUAAGUGCAAGUUUAAGUAGUGGCAAUAGCAUACCUUCGUCAUCGCUCAACCGGGAUGGUCCGCAAUUAUUACCUCCACCACCACCGCAUUUGCUUACACACCCUCAUCUUACUCAGCCGCACAUACCGCCAAUACCGUCGCAUAUGCUGCCACCACAUCCAGCAUUGUUGCGUGGAGCUUCGCCUACCACGGUCAAUAACGGCAAUCAUUCUACAACCAUUGGUGGGGUGCACACCACUCUUAGCAACACAACAAUGGCGUCGUCUUCGUCGUCGUCUUCAUCUGUGAUCCAUAAAGUGAUUUCGCCGAAAAGCGAAAGUCCAAGUAAAGAGCGCAACGAUGUUAGCUACAGCAAUAUACCUCGUUCUACAACGGUUAAUGCACAUCUGAGCGGUCCCAUAAAUCCGCAAAUAGGGCCAUACGUUAGCGUACCUGGUUCAUUGGUACAACAUUCAGUUUCAAUGGCUCCAUCUAAUGCUGCCUAUAGUUCCACGGUUUCUUUGCCUAACACAAGUCAUGCCACGGGCUUAGCUACAACUAUUAUGAGUUGUGGCCCACAUCAAGCACCUAGUCUACCAUAUCCGCCAAAACCCACUUUAUGGCCGACAUCAAGCUCAUCGGCUUCAAUGCCCAUACCGCCUCCUUCAUCGAUGAUUACCACUCAUGCUUCAAAUAUGGCAGCACGACCAACACCUCCCCCUAGUGGUCCCGUACCGCCAACGUCAACAGCCGUAACACCUAUUUCCGUAUCACCGCAUACUACACCACUGCAUUCCUCCAACGUUCCUGGUCCUGGACCAAGCACCUUCCAACCACAAUAUUUUAUUCCCCCUUUACCACCUGUUCCUGUAACAGUGGCUAUAUCUUCUAUGAGCGUGGUUUCUGCAGUUAAUUCUGCAUCUAUUUCCAAUUCCUCAAUGCAGCCACCAACAAUUCUAACAACCAUGGUUACAAGUGCACCAGCAACAUCAACAACACAAAGUUCGGCUCCGCAUCCUUUCUCAGCCGAAUCUCUUUUCCAGCCAAGUAAAAAUGCCCAAGCUGAUUUGUUGCGUGAGUUAGAUAGUCGGUUUCUGGAAUGUAGUCGUAGUGGGAUGUCGGUGCCACCGCCUUCAACACAACCAGGGCCUAGCGCUACUACACCGACGCCAGCAGCACCACCAACAUCUGCAGCUCCAACCGCUGCGCCUGCGACAGUGCCGGUGGCUCCUCCACAACAGCCUCCAACAGCUCCUCAUUCUUCACCGGCUGGUCCAUCCGCCUAUUUAAGGCAAGAACUACAUCAUCAUCAGCAUCAGCAUACACAUUUGCAUCAACAUCAACAGCUUUUACCGACUGCCUUAACGGCUGCACCACCCACAGCUCCAGCCCCCAUGUUCCCACCUCCUUUAUUCAAAGACAUUCCCAAGAUUGCUGCGGUGGACUCACCCUUUUAUCGUACUGGUAUUGGUCUUCCCGGCUAUACUGGCUACAAUCCUGCUGGUCUCCUGCAUCCUGGUUUGGGAGGCCCUACACCAUUCAUGCCUCCCAGCCACUUGACUUCGUUUGCGCCAAAGAAAACCGGACGAUGGAAUGCUAUGCAUGUGCGUAUAGCGUGGGAAAUUUAUUACCAUCAAAAUAGGCAAAAUCCCGAUAAAUUAGCCACCGGUAGCAGUGGCAAUAGUAAUAGCGCAUCUACAUCUGUAGGUCCACAAGUUGGAAGUAGCACGGGCAAUGCUGGCAGUGGAAGUGCAAAUGUUACCCCUAACAAUAACGUAAGCGUUUCACAAAGUGGCGUAGUGACGUCUCUUUCCAAUUUAGGCGCAGGGCCUUCGCCGUCAGUAAGCUCGCUAAACAUGAAGGCAUCUCCGGCUUUAACGUUAAGUGCGGCACCUUCACCUCAUUUACUCCAUAGACCAGGAGAAUUGCCACCAGCUGCAGCUUAUGCUGGAACUUUACCGGGUCGAUCUCCAUUUGAAACAUCACCUCUUUCUGCCAGUUUUAUAGGUGCCCCGCCCAGUCAUAUUGGUAUGUCAGGAAUAUACUGUACUGCUGUUUCACCAUUCGGUCGUUAUGUCGGCCCGUUUGGUUUUGGUCUGCCACCGUUCGGUAGGGAAAUACCGUUGGGUGGUACUUUACACGACCCCUGGAGAACGGUGGCUUUGCCACGAACUGUGCCUUAUCAUACUGCCGCACCGGGGGCGCCGCCCGGUUGGCCAAUGAAACCCGAUACAACCGCUUUAGAUAAUGCUCGACGUGAGGCAGAGGAAAGGGAGCGUGAACGUGAACGCGAACAAAGAGACAGAGAACGUAGAGCACGCGAGCGCGAACGCGAAGAACGUGAUCGUAAAGAAAAGGAGGAAAAACUUAAAAGAGAACAACAAGAACGGGAAAGGGAAAGAGAACGGGAGCGCGAACGUAAGGAAAAGGAACGAAGGGAGAUAGAACGUCGUGAGCUUGAACGAGAACGUUUGAUGCAACAGCAACGUAUUAAUGAGUCCAAUAAGCUCUCACAGGCAGCAGCUGCCGCAGCGGCAAUGAAUACAGCUCGAGAGCGUUCGCCGCAUCGUAGUGUCACCGAUAUGCAAGGAGGACCAGUAGUACCACAAGGACCAGAAAUGCGUAUCAAAGAAGAACACCCGCGUACAAAAGAAGAACAAGAUGCAAUGAUGAUGAGAGCAUCUGCAGCGGCCGUUGCAGCAGACCCACGAUAUCAUCAAUCGUUGGCUGCUGCGCAAGCAAAUGCGGCAGCAGCUGCUCAUCAUGCAACGUUUCUGGCAAGUCGUCAUGGACCACAUGGUCCGCCUCCACCCCACAUAACCAGAACUAUGAUGCCUCCCACUCUAGCUGCUCCACCGUUAACGCAUUUCGGGCCAGCAGCGCCACCAGGGUGGGCGAUGGAUCCAUACCGGGAUCCAUAUAUGGGAUUACGUUAUAAUCCUUUAAUGGAAGCUUUAAGGCAUGAAGAAGCAAUGAAUCAUAAAGCAGCAAUGAGUAUGUAUGCGGUUCAGACAGCAGCACACUUACGUGGCAAAGAGCCUUCACCUAUACCUCCGCCAAGUAGUGUGGGUGGACCGUUGGGACCACACCAUCGCCUACAGCCCGGUCCAAUGAUAGCACCGCCACAGGUACCUCCCACUUCAUUAGGGGGCAAACCUUCCAACUUAGGAGUUAUGCCUCAUCCCAUGUCCAUUGAUCCAAUGUUAGCGCCUAAAAAGGAAGAAUCACCAAGCGGAGUAAUGGGUAUGACAUCAGCUUCUUCUUCGGCACCAUCAGCAGCUACCCCAGGUCGAUGAUAAAUCAAUAUGCUAGAGCUUUCGUAGUUAUGACUAUAAAUCGCAAUAGAGAGAAUAUUAGAAGAAAAGAGAAAAUAAGAAAAAAGAAAUAUUUAUCAACAUAUAUAGCAAGAGACCAAUAAUUCUGAAAGACACAAAGCAUUGUAUUAUGUAUGGAAACAAAUUUUGUUAUCGUUCUUGUGAAUUGUAUAUAUGCGAAAAUUGAAAUAUUUCUAUUAGGUCAUUUUGGAUAAAAUACCUUUGAAAAAAUCGAUUACCGAAAGAAUGUAUAAAAGAAAAAUUGAGUUUUAAAGAAAAGAACACAAAAGCUCACUCACAAGUAGCUUAAAGAUAAUUCUCUCUAAAUAGUACCAACUCUACUCAUCGCCUCAAUUUGCUUAUAAACGUUACUAAAUUGUAAAUAUGGUUAUCUAUGAAACCCUUUAGUUGUUUAGAAUACAAGGAAGAAAAACAGAGAGAAGGAGUCAUGUAGAAAACACAAGGGCAAUAAUAGCGUCGAUAUCGUAAAAAAUUGAAAUAGGAAAAAGUACAUACUAGGUAUGCUACGGGGUAGGCCGCAACAUAUAAGCAUAUACUCUUAAGCAUACUCUUCAUUCGCUCGUUUUGUAUAUGUAUGUAUGUAUAUAUGCAUAUAUAUAUUAUACACAUAUAUAUAUUAU